UAACUUCCUUAGUAUAAAAACAAAGCUAGCUCAUAUUUUGUCCAUUCUUGUACAUUUUGCUCUGUUUGUUAAUGUCUAGAAAAAGGAUAUGAAGAAAAUUGAGAAAAUUCUAAUACCCCUAAUAGUUUAAUUUGUCACAUUAUCGAACUGAGCAAACCGUUCUGGAGUAUAUUUUCGUAAAAUUCUUGUUUAUGCAAACCUCUGUUGUCUUAUUCAGAUCGCUUCUAACGGAAACGGAGAAAUGGCAUUGAAGACCCAAAAUUUCUGGUUUUAUCUUGUUUUCUUCUACUUAGCCAAUCUUGCUCUCCUCAUAGAAAGUUCUGGGGAGAGUGAAAAAAUAAAGAACUCUAGCUACAAGAAGACUGCACGUUCAGGCUGGCCACAAUCCGUGGGACCACCACCUGCUCUACCUCGGCCACUUGCUCUUCCACAGCCUCCUGCUCCUCCUCCUCGGUCACAAUCACCGAACCAAGUUCUGACCUCUAACGGUCCACGUGCAGAUAACAUAAGGUGCUCAGAUUCGGACAAAGUCCAAAGUUUUACUGCCCAGCUUUCACUUCCUUCUGGUUUUAAGACUGCACCGAUGUUCAACAAUGUCCCAGCAUUGAACCCUUCUCGUUCGUCUGAGUGUGGGAUUUUUCAGAAUUCACCCAACUCUAAUCGUUACACACUUGAAAUAACCAAUUUUGACAAAUGUGGAGUUGAACGCCAGACUGGACAAGACGGCAAAGAGUGGCUAUCUAUUACUGUCAGAUUUCCUUUCAUUGCGGGGUUGAGAAUGGCUGAAGACGAAUACAUCAUGGUUAUGUGCCGGCCUCAAGAAAAGACAAUCUCCAAAAAUAAAGCUUUAGAUUUACGUGGAAACUUAGAAAGUCAGUCUAAAACAGUCUUCUCCAAUGGUCCUCAAGACUUUGAAUGCCGAAUUUCUUUGUUUUCUCGACCAUUUGGUAGUGGAAUGUUCAUGGAGGAGCUCGCUCCAGGAAACACAGUACAGAUUGGUCAAGACGUACAACUUCGUGGGAUUGUAAGAGAUGGGGACGGUUGGUACUAUGCCGUGCUCCGUGACGUAAUAGUCCAAAGAAUAAAGACUUCGGAGUCUGGUUCCCAGCACUUCUCUCCUUCCACAGUCUUUAACCCUAGUUAUAGUUACUCAUCAGAAGCACUUGAUUUCGGCGUUUCGCAAUUCAAUCCUAGAACUGAUGGAAGCGAGCGAAUUCUUGAGAAUAAACUGGAUCUUUCUCCACAGGGACUCAAAGAUGCUUCUCUUCUAACUACUGAUAUCGCUUUCUUGGUCUUUUCAGAUGGAUGUCGCAAUCCAACUUUUAAAGCUAUCGCACCUAAUCAUCCGUACCGUGAUGCGUCAAAACCACUGGAGGUAAACUUUAACUUCAAAGCCUUCAUGUUCGACGAUAUGAAAGAUGGGGAUGUGCUGCGGAUUUCAGCUCGAGUGGUAGCAUGUAUAGAAGCUACCGAUUGCCGCCCGAUGCUUUGUUUGGAUGACAACCAACAAGGUUAUGGACGCCGAAAACGUGACGUCAUAAAUCAGUCUCUGGUGGAAGACUAUAAUGAAGACAAACGUCGGCAGAACACCACAAGCAACUUCAAUCGGCAUUUUCAACUAUCGGUUGCAAUGCCAGGAUAUGCCAAAACUCCUUUAACUUCGGACGAACCAUCUACUGUGUGUCGUAGUCUCGAGACUGACAGACAACAGCCGUGCAUCCUUUACAUCAUCGGAACUUCAGUUGUAGCAAUUGUGUUUUGUGUGUCUACCUUAGUGACUUCCACUUUCGCUGUUCGGGCAAAGAGAGCGCUAUCAUCACCUGCAGGCCAACCUUCGUUAUAUUUAAGUUCUCCAAACAACCAUCCAGUCUCCCCAGUCUUAACGCAUUACCCGAUGCAAUCUACAGACCAAAGUUCAUCUUAUUUUCAUCAUGGGAUGGAUGCUCCAGCUACCAUACCAAUCAAGACUCAGGCGAAACUUCUCGACUUUAAACACUAUAAACUAGAGGAGAACUCAUGUAAGACUUCUCACUCUUUACAAAAGGAUAUGAAAACGAAAACCCUGCAUGGCAAAGAGGACAAAACAAAUAAAGUAGAAUCAAUUGAAAUAAGUUGUCCAAAAUGGAUCUAGUUCCAAACAUAGUUUUGCUUUUGUCUUACUGUAUACUAUUGUCUUGAUAACCGCGUAGGUAUUUUAUUUGAAACAUAGUCUUUUAGAGCUUCGAGGUGACAAUUCUACUAUUUUUGUUAGGAAUCAGUUUUGGUGAUAUAUAAGUAUGAUAUAUAGUAGUAGACACACCAAUGAUCGAUAGUGUUUUCACUUUUCAUUCGUUUCUAACCUUGCCUGCUCGUUCCUAUUUAUUUUGAGAUAUUGUACAUUUGUUUUGAGCUUGA